ACCCACCUCACCACCAUGCGGCCCACACCAGCAAUCUCAAGGCUUGCAGCGUCCGCACGGCCGGCGUGCGUGCGCCGCGUCGCCGUCCCGCGCUUCGCUCGUGCCUACGCGGCCCCAGUACCGCCGCCGCCUCCCUCCUCGGCCGCCUCGUCGUCGUCCGCCGCAUCAGCAGCGGCGGCAGCGCGCUCGGCAGCGAUCAAGGCGGCCCGCGACAAGAUGUACGCCGAGAACAUGCGCCGCAACCGCACCAUCCUGCUGUACUCUGUCGGUGCGCUCGCCAUCGCCACAGGAGUCACGUACGCUGCCGUGCCGGCGUACCGCGCGUUCUGUGCGGCCACCGGAUUCGCAGGCACGCCCAUGACGGACCCGGAGCGCUUCUCCGCCGACAGGCUGUACGCGACCGACGAGAGCAAGGGCAGGCCAAUCACGGUGCGCUUCGAGGCCACGUCCAACGACGCGCUCCCGUGGAGCUUUGAGCCGCAGCAGCGCAGCGUCCGCGUCGUCCCCGGCCAGACGGCGCUCGCGUUCUACACGGCCAAGAACAACUCGGACCAGGACCUGAUCGGUAUCGCGACGUACAACAUGACUCCGGACAAGAUCGCACAGUACUUUGCCAAGGUCGAAUGCUUCUGCUUUGAGGAGCAGAAGAUCCGCGCUGGCGAGGAGGUCGACCUCCCCGUCUUCUUCUUCAUCGACCGUGACAUUGUCGACGACCCGACGCUCGACAAUGUCGACGAUGUCGUCCUGUCCUACACGUUCUUCCGCGCUCGCAGGAACGACAGGGGCCACCUCGAGCCCGACGCGCCAGAGGAGGUGGUUCACAAGACUCUCGGCUGGGACAAGUACGAGCACGCGCCAAAGCCCGGAGGAGAGGCAAAGGCAUAAGGGAUUGGGAUUGAAGAGGGAUCAAGGCAAGACAAGACAGCAUAGUAGAAUUGCAUAGCAUGAACACACUUUUCAGCC